ACGGGCCGGCAUUUACAAACCGCGAAAUCUCAUAACUGUGUUGUUGCUGGCGGGAGAUUCACGCAUGGUCCUGCACGUGAAUGAUCAUUUUUGAUCACCCCUCUAUUUUCAGUACUAACUUACUAGCCUUUCGCUCGUCUCAGUUUACAAUGGCACUUCAACAAAACGGGACCGCAUCCAAAAUGCCCAAACACAACGACGAAACUUCCAGCCAUCAUCCAGCUUUAAAUGGGUACGAAGAAAUCAAGAGCAGUCAGGCUGAGAGAUUCACUUUCACCCCCGAACCAACACUUGAAGAUAUCCGCCACAUGCAGGCUCAGUUCACGGACGAAAGGAACUGGAACCAGUUCCACCAGCCGAGGAACCUGCUGCUUGCGCUGGUCGGAGAGGUCGGGGAAGUGUCGGAGCUGUUUCAGUGGCGCGGGGAGGUGGCGGAAGGUCUACCGGACUGGACCGAGCCGGAGCGGGAACAUCUGGCUCAGGAACUCAGCGACGUAUUGAUCUAUCUGGUUGAACUGGCCGAGAAAUGCCACGUUGAUUUACCUCAAGCUGUUCUGCGCAAAAUGGCUCUCAAUCGACUCAAGUAUCCGGCCAGCAAAGUUCAUGGAUCAGCUAAGAAAUACACGGAAUACAAGGACUGAUGUGGUGUGGGUGAUUUCGUGCUGUAACUGUUCCUAGCCAAAGACGAUCGUUACUGAACAGCAUAUUCGAGGGAACUGAUGUUAAAUGCCUUAUGUUCCAAACUGUACAAUUCCACUGGACUCUUCUUUUUUUUUUUAAAGAUUUUUUUUGUUAUAGUUUGGCACUACUAUCCUUGGUUUUACAUUAAGCUUUUAUAUCCAAGAAUCUGUAUGUAUUGUAAGAAGCAAUGUUUGCACAUUUACAUAUGUAAGCAACUUCGUUUUAAAGGUCUUCUGUUUUUAUUUUACCGAACAGAGCUUAUAUAGUUACUUUGUGCUUUUGUAGUGUUUUUGCAUCACAGUAAACUGUUUUGCCGCACA